ACAUGAAACACAACAUGGCACCUGCUGGCCGGGGUGUUGUUGUGGUAGCGCUCUCACUUCUCUACUUAUCCCCUGCUAUUAUUUCCACGGAAUACUUCUCUACCCUUACUUUCUUCAAUAGCGAACUGCACAAACAUGGUUGCAGCUCACCGUCAGAGUGGGAAGAAUAUGCAACGGACUGUGAGUCCUCUAUUCUACAGUUGGAGGAUCCAGAUUGUGAGGAAGGAAGCGAUCCACCAUGCGAGUCUGUCUUCUCUCUCAACGCAGAGAAAAUUCUGAGCCAAGCCAAGAUAUUCAUUGAGCAAAAACGAUUCCCGUUUGCAGUGGACAGCCAUAACACAAAUGAGGAGCUUGCUAUAGGAUAUGUUCUUAUUGGUAACGGCCUGUACGAUGAGGCCGUCAAACACUUCUCCUUGUUACUGCAGGGCGAUCCAGAGUUGGUCAGUGCCAUCUACGGGAGAGGGAUAGCUUAUGGGAAAAAGAGUCUGCAGGACAUGAAGAAUGCAGACUUGGCGCUGUUCGAGUUGAGUCGAGUCAUCGCUUUGGAGCCCAACCGCCCCGAGGUGUAUGAACAGCGGGCAGAAAUCCUUUCUCCACUGGGUAGGAUCAGUGAGGCUUUGAGUGAUCUCUCCAAAGCUAUCCAGCUCCAACCCUCUGCCCGCCUCUACAGACACAGAGGAACUCUGCUCUUCAUCUCAGAGGAUUAUGUGGCGGCUAUGGAGGAUUUUCAGCAGUCAUUGGAUCUGAAGAAAAACCAACCCAUUGCCAUGCUAUACAAAGGUCUAACAUUUUUCCACAGAGGAAUGCUAAAGGAAGCCAUUGAAACAUUCAAGGAGGCCCUGAAAUUGAAAUCUGACUUCAUAGAUGCCUACAAAAGUCUCGGACAGGCUUAUCGAGAGCUGGGGGACUUUGAGGCAGCCAUGGAGAGCUUUCAGAAAGCCCUGAUGCUCAACCAGAACCAUAUCCAGUCUCUGCAACUGAGGGGCAUGAUGCUGUAUCACCAUGGUAGCAUCCAGGAUGCCAUUGGCAACUUCAAGAGGUGUCUUCAGCUGGAGCCGUACAACGAGGUGUGUCAGUACAUGAAGGGCCUGAGCCACGUGGCUAUGGGGCAAUUCUAUGAAGGCAUCAAGGCUCAGACCAAAGUCAUGUUGAAUGACCCGCUGCUGGGCCAGAAGGCAAGCUCAGAAUAUCUCAAAGUGAAAUACCUCAGAGAGUACUCUCGCUACUUGCACUCUCAUCUUGACGUACCCGUGGCAGAGUACAAUGUAGAUCAAGAUCUUCCAGGAAACUUUAAAAACCACUGGGCCAAAAACCUCCCUUUCCUUAUAGAGGACUAUGAAGAGCAGCCCGGACUGCAGCCUCAUAUUAAGGACGUCCUACCUCAGAACUUUGAGAGCUACCACACUGAAGUUCAGAAGCUUAUUUGCACUGCUGAUCACCUUGGUGCCCUUAUGCAAUACAACACACCAGGAUUUCUUCCCAAUCGCAGAAUACACAGAGCCAUGGGUUUAGCAACCCUAGAGGUCAUGCAGGCUACGCAGCGCACCUGGAGCAACUCAAAGGUGCGAGUCAACGGCAGAACCAGGCAGAUGCAGUGGAGAGACAUGUUCGACAUAGCCGUCAAAUGGAGGAGGAUCGCAGAUCCAGACCAGCCUGUUCUGUGGCUGGAUCAGAUGCCUGCCAGAAGUCUCAGCAGAGGGUUCAAUAACCACAUCAACCUCAUUAGAGGACAGAUCAUCAAUAUCAGAUACUUGGCCUAUUUUGACGACAUACUCAAUUUCAUCAAAGACAGAAUAUUGGUUUACCACGGGGCAUACAAUCCAAGAGGCCUACUGGAAGUCAGACAAGCACUGGAAAAUGUGAACAACGUGGAGGACCUUCUCCCAAUAAUGAAGCAGUUUAACAGAAAAACCAGGGAUGGAUUCACAGUCAACUCCAAGGUGCCUAGUCUAAAAGACCCAGGAAAAGAAUAUGAUGGUUUUACCAUCACCAUUACAGGAGACCGUGUGGGAGAUAUGCUGUUCUCAGUGGAGACCCAGACCACAGAGGAGCGUACUCAGCACUACCAGUCUGAGAUUGAGUCUAUCUACAAAGACCUGACUGCCAAGGGCAAGGCUCUAAUGCUCUCCACUGAACUUGGGGAUGCUGAUGCAGUGUGUAAUUUAAUCCUCUCCCUGGUUUAUUACUUCUGUAACCUGAUGCCCCUUUCCAGAGGAUCCAGUGUUGUGGCGUACUCUGUUGUGAUGGGGGCGUUGAUGGCCAGUGGUAAAGAGGUGAUGGGCAGAAUCCCCAAAGGGAAGUUGGUCGAUUUUGAAGCCAUGACGACACCCAGUCCUGACAGCUUUAGUAAAAUGGCCAAAAAUUGGAUGAAUUUAAAGAGCCUGCCAUUAUGGUACCAGAGUCUUCCGUCAGUAGCAGAAACAUUCCCCACCAGUAGAACCAUGAUAGAAGUCCUCAACACGGACUCCACGUCGCACUGUCCAAAGAAGUCCUGACAGCACUCUGUCCACUCUCUCUGCUUGUAGUUUUUCUGGCCAAGCUCAACCUCCAAAGCACAAACUUCUAAAAAUAAUUUAGGGCAACAACAUGUUGUUCAGGUAUGGCCCUGUGUGUGCAAUACCAGCAAAACCCUAUUAGGGUCUACUCUGUGAAGCCGAUGAAAUUAAAUGUUUUGAUCCACUUGGUACUAUCUUUCAGACAUGAUUGGAAACUAGCUAUGUUAUUUUUCGUCAAAUCUUCAGAGCUAGUCGGACUAUAAGCAGAGAAAUUGGAGGAGAUUCUAUGAUUUAAACUUUUCUUCAGGGCUACUAAAUUCCACUUGGGAUACUUGAACAUUUAGAGAAGUCAAGCAAUUUUUUUAGUCUUGUCAAUGUUUGAGAGUGUCACUUUGUGGCAUUGCCAUUUUCAGUAAUACAUUUUAACUUGACCAAUAAAGAGCAAAAGGAAGGGUUGGUUUGGGGAAGCGCUGGCAUGAUACGUUCCAUGAUAUCAUUCCUCUGUUUUUAUUUUGAGACAUUUCUGAUUUUCAUUGUUUCUUAAAUUUUUUCUGUACAAUGUUUUAAAAUAAUUUGACUGUGGUUUUAUUAACUUAUAACAAUUGAACAAAUUUCAAAGGGAUGCAUUGAGGGGAGUUUGAAGAAUUUCUUUAUAAUAGGAAACGGUUUUCUGUUCAGUUUUCUGAUUCCCAAUACCCUUUACUGUUAAUGAUCAGAUAAAAUAUGCAUUGCCUGCCUGAAUUGUUAUAAAAUGAGCUCCAGAGGAUCAAAUGAAACAACCAACAAGUUAUUUAAUUUCUCCAGCCAUUCACAAUGUUUGCUGAAUGGCUGUUUUUUUUUUUUACUGGGUGAAUUAGUAUUGUUUAUUAAAGCGAAUAGGGGGAUUUUAAUGCCAAUAUAAAGUUGGACAGAUGUCUGUUGGGAAUUUGGAAGUUGAUUGGUAAUUAAAAUUGUUUGGCUAA